AUGGAAGUGGAAAAAGAAUUAGCAAAAUCCAGAAGUUCAUUUUGUACCCGAAAAAUAGCACCAGAUGAUUCUUGUGGUGAACCAAUAAGUGAAGAACUGGAUGGCCUGUGCAAUCACAUUGAGAAUAAAACAUAUUUAGAUACAAGAAUCGAGGAAUCUACCACUGCAACUACUGCAACUAGUUAUCCCAGUAUUUAUCCCAACUAUUAUCUUUUGCCUGAGAGUGAGAGUAUUCAAGAAAACCAAAAUGAUGCUGAUACUGAAUUUGUGAAAUCUGUACGGGGCUGGUUUUUGAAUUACCGUGAACUUCUAAGCCAAAGUGCAAUGAACGAACUGCUUUUAAUUUUAAAACCCAAAUGUAAAACUUUACCUAGUGAUAGCAGAACAUUUUUAAGUACUCCACAAUCUUGUCAGUUUCCAAUAUCUGUUGUGUCCCCAGGAAAAUAUUGUCAUUUUGGAUUAAAAUAUAUGUUACAGAAUAUAUUAAAUACCAAAAAUCUGCUAGAGUUUUGCGAAGACGGAAAAACCCUUUCCUUAUCGCUCAGCAUUAAUAUUGACGGUUUACCACUGUCAAGGAGUUCAACAAGUCAGUUUUGGCCAAUUUUGAUAAGCAUUGAUAAUGAAAAUUUAGAAUGUCCCAAUCCAUUUCCAAUAGGAGUUUAUCAUGGUUUUAAAAAACCAGAGUCAGCUUUGAAGUACCUGCAGGAGUUUCAGAUCGAAUUCAAACAACUAGAAAACGGCUUUCGCUUCAAAAACAUCGAAGUGAAAGUACAAAUUUCAAAAAUAAUAUGUGACGCACCAGCGAAGUCCUUUAUUUUAUGUGUGAAGGGUCAUACUGGUUAUUUUAGUUGUACAAAGUGUGUGCAAGAAGGUGAAUAUAUAAAUGGCAGAGUGACUUUUCCGGAUCUAUCAGCUGUCUUGCGUACAGAUGACGACUUUAAAAAUAAAACUUGUGAAGACUAUCACAGAGGAAAUAGUCCUUUUGAUGAACUAUCUGUGGGUUUAGUGUCUCAGGUGCCACUGGACUACAUGCACUUAGUAUGCCUAGGCGUUAUGAAACGUCUGAUUAUUUUUUGGGUUAAGGGAAAUAAAAGUGUCAGAUUACCUGAACUAAAACUUAAAACUGUUGACGAAAAUUUAAUCACUUUAAAAUCAAGUAUUCCAAAGGAGUUUUGUAGGUUGCCAAGAGGAACAAAUGCACAAAAUGUUAAUUCAUACUAUGAAAGUCCAUGCUCCUCCACAAUUUUUAAUAUAAGCAUAGUAACAAACAUCUCAAAGAAAAGUCAAAAUUAUAAAAUAUGUGAGAUCAAAGGAAAAUGUUUUCAUUUCCAAACUGUGGAUGGUAUUGAAUGGUCUAUUGUUAAAUUUCUUUGUGAUGACAAAAUAUCACAUGUUCCAUCAACAUGGCUGUCCAUCCACAAUCUGAAGGAAAACAACAUUGCUCUUUGCUUCUGGCCUAGAAAAAAUGCAGGCAAAAAAAUUAUUGGUCGAUCGAUUCCUGAUUCUGAAAGUUGGGACAAACUGGAAGUGGUUAUUCUAAAACAAACUGAUUCAUAUUCAGAAGCAAGAGAAUACAUAAGACUAAUGUCUGAAGGAGAAAGUGCACCAGAAACAAAUAAGCCCUUGGGAAAGGGCCAUAGGAAAGCCAAAAAACGUCCUUUUUUAUUUAAUGACUCUGAUGAUAGUGAGAGUGAUGUAACAGGGGUAAUUACACCGCCUCCAACUAUAGAGUCCCCAAAAAUUAGAAAAGUGAAUAAUUCUGAACCAAACAAUAACAGUACCAAUAAGAAAAUAGAGUCGUUCUCAUCUCAAAAAGCAAAUAAAUCAUUUGAUUCCCAAACAAAAAACAAUAAUAAUCAUAGCUUGGUUCCAUCAGCUGCCCCGUCACAUUGUAGUUGCAACUGCCAAGAAUCUCCAUUAAUUAAAUCAAUUUUAAGCAAUACUGUUGCAAUUAGAACAAUGUUGGAGAGGCUAACUUCAGAUGAAACAAUGAGAAAAAAUGAUGACAUAAUUACCGAUUUUGACUUGGUACCUAAGAAACCAUUCUCAAAGUUCAAAAAGUUGAAAGAGUUUGAUGAAAAACUAAAGACUGACAAAAGUGUAGAACGCCAGAAUGAAACUGCUCUGUUCUUGCUUGGAGGGUCAAGUUACAAAGAAUUAAUAAGAAGAGGCGUAAAAAAAAUAUUCACGGACAAAUUGGCUACAAAAUGUAGCUGGACAGGCCGUAAAAAUAAUUUUCCUCUUCAUAAUUUGAAAAUACUGGAUGUUCUUAAAAUAGCUACAAGAAAAAAAUUUGGUAGUACUACGGAUGCCGAAUUUCAAGCAGAAGUGGGUUUGUGGUUCAGGCAAGGAAAGCUGAGAUUUGAAAGAUCGCUAGCAGCAGUAAACAAAGAAAACCAAAACCGGGCUGCCACUGUGGAAGGAAUGGAAUAA